AUGCUGGCCAGGUGGCUGGUGAUCCUGCUGGCGGUGGCCGGCAGCCGCGCCUUCCCCGCGGCGGACGAGGAGCCCGCGUCCUACCCGGUCGGCCCCGGCGAAGCCGACACCGACGCCGACGCGUCCGCCUCGGCGACGUCGCUGCUGGAGGAGGGAAUCGAGGGCGCCUACCGCCUGGUCAAAGACUGCGGCGAGCGGCCGCUGACCGCCUGCCUCAAGAUGCGCGCCCUCACGCUGAUGGACCGCGCUCUCAGGCAGCCGGGCGACGUGCCGCUGGUGGAGGGCGUGGCGCUGGUGCGGACGACGCCCGUCUCCGGCGCCGCCACCGGCAGGGCGCUCACCCAGGAGGAGCUGGACGCGACGCUGCCGCGCGACGCCGACGAGAAGGACGCCCAGGUGGAGACGAUGCUCGUCGACAGGGUGGCGCGUUUCCUGCAGAGCCAUACGCUGCAGCUCAAGGUGCCCGACUCCGCCAUCUCCGAAGUCCGCAGGACACUCGACGAAGCUCGCGGUAAGAAGAAGAAGCUGAAGAUGCUGCUGCCGCUGCUGCUGCUGAUGAAGCUGAAGGCGGCGGCCAUCAUUCCGCUGGCCCUGGGCGCGCUGGCGCUGCUGGCGCUCAAGGCGCUGAUCGUGGGCAAGCUGGCGCUCGUGCUGGCCGGCCUGAUCGCGCUGCAGAAGCUGCUCGCCUCGCGCCAGGGCACGCAGACCUACGAGGUGGUGGCGCACCCGCACUACUCGCACUCGCACGUCUCCUCCUACGGCGACGAGCACGGCCACUACGGCCGGUCGCUGCCCGACGACGGCGCGGCCGCCGCCGACGCCGACGCCCACCAGAUGGCGUACAGCGCCUACGCCAAGGCGGAGUAGGCCGCUCCUGCACCCGCGGCCUCCAGAGCUUCACCUGUCCAGUGGUGGCCGUUAGACGCGUACGUCACACUCCACUCACUAUCCGUAGGCGAACUCCCGGUUUAUCAGGUGCCUGCCUACAUCCCCUACAUCCCGUGUCCUUUUACAGAGAAAGCAAUUCAUUCGCAUCAUCCACUUUCCUUCCAUCGAGCUCCACUCUGCGACAUACUGACUGCCCUCGUCAUAGGUGACCUCUGACAAGGAUAUUACCUACUUGCCUGGACGAGUACAAGUGACAAUCAGAACCUGCGUACGUAUCUUAAAUAUCACGAAUUAAUGUUGACAUCAAAUUUGCCACCACACACUCCUCACCCUCAUCCUCACUCUCCCUGCUUACCGACUACACCGCACUCUCUAGAAGACAGGAAGAAAAAAUUAAUCUUUUCGAUAUUAAUACGAAAUUUUGACAAGAGACAACUUCGUAGAUCAUCAGCACUCCCUUGUUUACUUUGUAAAGUCAGGAACUCAGAAAGAAACUAAAUGACCUCACAACAAUUUAUUUCGAAAAUCGUUGACUUUUAGUCACAUCCAGGACCUUUAAACAAAUGUAGUGACGCAAAAAGCUGUCUACAAAAGUAACUUUCACAGCAGUUAAAAAAAUAUCUCGAAAAGGACAAAGACUUGUGGGCAUCCAAUAGACACAUGGACAGAUUCUCUGUACGAAGGAUGACGAACUGACCAAACAGAAAGACGCUGAACACGAUGCGGUACGACUGACAGACUACGUGACAUGGCAAGGAGGUGCUCCUCUCCAAACCCACGUUCAUAAUCGUCUCUGUUCGACAGUGGAGACGGCAUGGUGGCUACGGGUGAAGCGACUGCAGAGGCGGUCCGCAGAAGCGGUGGGUCACCCGCGGCGGCAAAACAGAACAGUACAAAGUGAAACAAGCCAGCGCCACGA